UCCUGGGGACCAAGGGGGCAUUUGAGGUCUGGGGAGGGAGCGGUGAGGAACCAGGUCCCGAGGAAACGCCGCGGGAGUGGUCAGAUUGCCUCCUGGAGCGCCCACAAAGUAAAGCCGGGAGACCGUCUGCAGCUAUUUCCUUUCGAGUUACAGCCAGGGCUUCGGGAGGACAGAUGACUGGGAUUUUAGAGCAAAAGGUGCUCUGGGCGCUCAGAGAUGCGGAGGAUCCAGUGGCCUCGGAAUAGGCAGAAAAGGUCUUGUGGAGAAAGGAGGGCUGAUGCUCCGGAGGACCGGAUUUCUGUCGACGGUAGUUGCUUCGGAGGGAGAGCAUACCUGGAGUAGGAGGAAAGCACCGGAAGGAGAAGAGGCCUGAGGAUGUCCGAGUAGAGAAACCUCGGAUCAUCUUUGAUUUGACCCAUGACUUCUUGAAGUAGAGUCAGAAUCUCCGCACAAACCAGGACUCCUGGACAGCUCUCCCCUGUUGCCUGCGGACCCAAGCUCAUUUUUCUCCCUCUCCGGUCACUUCUGCCUCUGUAAAUUGACAUGUUUCUGUGGCUCUGUGAGUCCUUUCUGCGCUUCCUAGUGACUCAUUUUCAACGUGCCCUAGGGUAGGCCCAUACUGUUUAGUGUAAUUACGCAAAAUCUGGACUCACGGUCCUUUUUAGAGACUUCUCCAGUCACACAGUAGUUGUAUGUAUUCACCUCUCAUCUGCAAGCGUCAUUUUUUAAAAGUUUGUUUGAAUUUAGGACUCCGUUUGGGUUAGAUUGGGUACACUUCGUAUUCCCAUCAAACACCCUUUAUUGAUAUGAAUUAUGUAGCCUUUAUAAGUGUGUACUUUGUAUCAAAGUGGAUACAUAUCACAACUUAUCCAAAAUAGACCUUUGGAGAGAGACUGGCAGCUGGGCUGGUAGACAGACUAGACAGUAAAGAGAAGAUGGGGAAAGAGUCUCAGGGCUUUGCCGGGAUCCAGUUCAGUCCUGUCCUAGCCAGACCUCAAAUAUUAUUAUAAAUAUUAGUAUAAAUUAGUAUGUUAGCCUUCUGGUGUCUGCCUCAGGCGUGUGUGUUUUGAUUAGUUCAAGUCUCUUAGGGCCGGAUAGUCCGUGGGGACAAAAAGCAACAAUAAUAAAGCCACGUCGGGCUCUGCAACACAGCUCUCCUACUUGCUGAUGUAUGUACCGCUGCCAUCUGCUCCAUGGUAGUGUUAACAAAUCUUGUAAUGGGAUGAGAACCAGUGCAUGUUGGAUCGUGCCAAAUCACCUGUCGGUAUCCUAUUUUAAUCUUGUGAAGAGUUUAACAUCUGCCUUUCCAAAUAUGUAUAGUAUAUCAAGGUUCCAGCACACAACGUCGGCCGCGUGCUGUUGUAGUAAGACACGGAGUGGUGAGAAAUACACUGAUCCUUUUAAACUUGGUUGGAGGGACUUGAAAGGUCUGUAUGAGGACAUUAGAAAGGAACUUCUCAUAUCUACAACAGAACUUAAGGAAAUGUCUGAAUAUUACUUUGAUGGAAAAGGAAAAGCCUUUCGACCAAUUAUUGUGGUGCUAAUGGCCCGAGCCUGUAAUAGCCAUCAUGAUAACUCCCGAGAUGUGCAAGCCAGCCAGCGCUCCAUAGCCUUAAUUGCAGAAAUGAUCCACACUGCUAGUCUGGUUCACGACGACGUUAUUGACGAUGCACGUUCUCGGAGAGGAAAACACACAGUUAAUAAGAUCUGGGGUGAAAAGAAGGCUGUUCUUGCUGGAGAUUUAAUUCUUUCUGCAGCAUCUAUAGCUCUGGCACGAAUUGGAAAUACAACUGUUAUAUCUAUUUUAACCCAGGUUAUUGAAGAUUUGGUGCGUGGUGAGUUUCUUCAGCUAGGGUCGAAAGAAAAUGAGAAUGAAAGAUUUGCACACUACUUGGAGAAGACCUUCAAGAAGACUGCCAGUCUGAUAGCCAACAGCUGUAAAGCAGUCUCGGUCCUGGGAUGCCCUGACCCAGUGGUGCAUGAGAUUGCCUAUCAGUACGGAAAAAAUGUGGGAAUAGCUUUUCAGCUGAUAGAUGAUGUACUGGACUUCACCUCGUGCUCUGACCAGAUGGGCAAACCGACAUCAGCCGAUCUGAAGCUCGGGUUAGCCACCGGCCCUGUCUUAUUUGCUUGUCAGCAGUUCCCAGAAAUGAAUGCGAUGAUAAUGAGACGGUUCAGUUUGCCAGGAGAUGUGGACAGAGCUCGACAAUACGUAUUACAGAGUGAUGGUGUGCAACAAACAACCUACCUCGCCCAGCGGUACUGCCAUGAGGCAGUAAGAGAGAUCAGUAAACUUCGACCAUCCCCGGAAAGAGAUGCCCUCAUACAACUUUCAGAAAUUGUCCUCACAAGAGAUAAAUGACAGCUCUUUCUGUUAUUUCUGGCAGCUAUUUUACCAGACUGUGCCUAAAGAAUUUUGU